GUGAACUACGAUACAGGUUGGGAAAGACAACCACAUUCCAUUUUUAAGUUUUUGGUUGCUCUAAGGAUACCUUUUUUUUUCACAAAGUACAAAUACAGAGCCAGGAUUCCAAUCGUUACAAAGCUGUUCUUGGAAUUUGACAGUGAGAUGGAGUUGUCGGAUAUUUCGUUCCCUGUCACCUCUGCUGAUGACUUUUAUGACGACCCGUGCUUCAACACCAGCGACAUGCAUUUCUUCGAGGACCUGGACCCCCGGUUAGUCCACGUGGGUCUCCUCAAGCCAGACGACCACCAUCACAAUGAAGACGAGCACAUCAGGGCACCGAGCGGGCACCACCAAGCCGGCAGGUGCCUCCUCUGGGCAUGCAAAGCCUGCAAGAGGAAAACCACCAACUCUGACCGGAGGAAGGCUGCUACCAUGCGGGAGAGGAGGAGACUGGGCAAGGUAAACGACGCCUUCGAGAACCUGAAGAGAUGCACGUCGAACAACCCCAAUCAGAGGCUUCCCAAGGUGGAGAUCCUGAGAAAUGCAAUCAGCUACAUCGAGUCUCUGCAAUCUCUGCUCAGGGGCCAGGACGGCGAGAACUACUACCCGGUGUUGGAGCACUAUAGCGGGGACUCUGACGCAUCCAGUCCACAGUCCAACUGCUCUGAUGGAAUGAUGGACUAUAAUGCCCCAACAUGCACGUCCGCAAGACGAAGCAACUAUGACAGCUCUUACUUCGCCGAGACUCCAAAUGCUGAUGCCAGAAGCAACAAGAACGCAGCAGUCAUCUCCAGCCUGGAUUGUCUAUCCAACAUCGUGGAGAGAAUCUCUACAGACACGUCCGCGUGCACUGUGUUAUCAGGCCAGGAGGGUUCCGAGGGUAGCCCCUGCUCUCCACAAGAGGGAUCUAUCCUGAGCGAAACCGGGGCACCGACCAACUGCCGACAGCCGUCCCAUGACCCCAUCUAUCUAGUGCUAUGAAAAGACAGUUAUAGUAUGGCUACAUUCAUGAAAACGAAUCGAUUCCUGUAAAUGAAGAAAACACCAAACGGAAAGGGUUGCAGAAUGUUGCUGUAGUAGAAGAAUAGGAUGGCAAAGCUCCCAUUCCUUCCUUUAAUAGAAAGGUUUCAAUUCCUUGAAGUUCAAUCAUUGGCUUCCCAUGGGUCACGUUUAAUGAGAUAUAAUUUCCGACUUAUUUAUGUGUGUUUGUGUGUCAUCGUCAUCUUUUGUUCUUUCCUUGCCAUUUUUAUUGUUUAUGACAAUAGAGGACCACUUUUGUACAUGUGUAAAUAAGAGGUGAUUUGUUUUUUUUUAAAUAAACGAAAAAAAAGUUUUUAUGUAUUUAAUGUAGCCUGGGGCGCUUGGUUUGUUUGUUGGGAGAAAUGAUUAACUUUAUAUUUAUACAUCUUAAAAUGAGUGAAAGGCUUUCGACGUUAUUAUAAAUAAAUGACUAUGACUAUUUAU